AUUCUUCUUCUUCAUUAUCUUUUGCUCCUUCUCAUCUCUCUCUCUCUCUCUCUCUCUCUCUGUUUUUGCGCUCGUUGUUUCUCGGACAAAAAAUCAAAGAAAAAUGUCGAUGGAUGCUGCCAUUGGUAUUGUAUGGGAUGUCUUGAAGAUGGGGUUUGAUCCCAUCAAGCGUGGAUUCGGAUACGUCAUGUCCUCCAAGAGCUACGCCGACAAUCUUCGGCAGGAGGUCGGGAAGCUCGAUGAACAGGUGGAGAGGGUCGGCCGUCUUACCGAAAGGGCUAGAAACAAUUGUCGGGCCUUGUACCCUAGCUUCACGAGGUGGGAGGAUGAUGCCAAGAGGAACUCCAGGGACGCGCAAGGCCUGUUGGACGCCUUCGAUGAGGCGACCAAGAGUUGCUGCUACGGGAGACUUCCCGACCCCAAAUGUCGCUAUCAGUUCAGCACGAAGGCCGAGGCCAAGAUCAAGGUCGUUCAGCAACUCGCUAGAGAAGGCGGUGAAUUCAAGGAAUUGAGCCACAUCGCCGACAUCGGUCCUGCUCCGGGGAGAGUCCAGUCGCCCACCGCGACGACCUCUGUUUUUUCUGCCUCGACGUCGAUUAAGCCUAGGGAGGAUGGCCUCUUCGAAUCCAGAGCUUUGAUGAUACAGAACAUCAUCGACGCUCUUGCCAAUAACAGCAACAGUGUGGUUGGGAUUUACGGGAUGGGCGGGGUCGGCAAGUCCACCCUUUUGGUGGAUAUCGAAAAAAGAAUAAGGAGAGAGAACUCUUUUGAUUGGGUGGCUAGGGCCGACGUGUCGGAAAAUAUAGACAUCAAGAGGAUUCAAGGAGAGAUUGCGCGCGCUUUGGACCUUACUGACAUGAAGGACGAAGAGUAUCCCACGGCGCGAGCGGAACUUCUGCACAAGAGGUUGGAAAAGGAGGAGAGGGAGAAAAAGAAGGUGCUCAUAAUACUGGACAACCUCUGGGAGAGGCUGGACUUGGACAAAGUCGGCAUUCCUUGCGGACCUGACAACAAAGCUAGAGGAUGCAAGUUGUUGUUGACGGCGAGAGAUCAACGUGUUUUGCGAAGGGAAAUGCGCUGUGACAGCGCCUUCCGCCUUCGUGAGCUGGAAAACGCAGAGGCAAAGAGGUUGUUUGAGAAGAUGGUGGGAGGCAAAGUACCAGUUGAGUUGGAACCCUUGGUGGAGGAAGCAGUCCGCAUAUCUGCAGGUUUGCCUUUCCUAAUUGUCGCGAUAUCAAAGCUUUUUAUAGACACUAGUUACUCUGAAUGUGACUAUGCUUUGAAACAAAUCUGGAGCGAAGAUACUGGUAAAGUGAUAACUAAUACGCUGCAACUUAGUUUUGGUCGUAUAAGCGAGGAGGCCAAGUCAUUGUUACGACUUUGUGUUGCUUAUGGUGUCUAUAAACCAAAUCUCGAGGACUUGGCGAGGUACGGCUUCGGUUUGGGGAUAUUUCGAGGAGUUAGCAGCGUGCAAGAAGCUAGAGUUAGGUUGGGCUCACUGAUCCAUACUCUGCAAGCCUCCUCCCUUUUAUUAGACGGUGAAGAAGACGCGGGUGGUUUUAAGAUUCAUGACUUGGUUCGUGAGUUUGUUGCCUCAUUUGCCUCAACAAAUCGCCCUCUUCUCAUUUUGAAAGAUAAAAAUAAGUGGGAAACAACGUUGUCGGAGGAGAGGCUCAAAAUUUGUGAGGCGAUAUGCUUUCCCUUCGUCGACUUGGAGGAGCUUCCCAAAGAAUUAAUCUGUCCGGAAUUGCAGAUCUUUUUGCUGCUUGAAAACAAAAGAUCUCUUGAGAUCUCGGAUUCGUAUUUCAACUCUAUGAAGAAUCUCAUGGCCUUAGAUCUUACCGGAAUACGUCUCGGUCGUUCGCCUUCGCCGUUUCAAUUCAUGGAGAACUUACACACUUUGUGUGUUGAUUCUUGUUCAUUAGAGGAUGUGUCCGUUCUUGGCGAGCUAAAAGGCCUCCAAAUUCUCAGCCUUCGGAACUCGGACAUUCAGCAAUUGCCGAAAGAAAUAGGGCAACUAACGGAGCUGAGGUUGUUAGAUUUGGAUUAUUGUUUGAAACUACAGAUAAUUGAACCGGGUGUCCUUGGAAGGUUGACCAAAUUGGAGGAGUUAUAUAUGAAGGAUAGCUUUGAUCAAUGGAGUGCUGGGGAGCAAACUCCAGCAACUAAUGCCGGUCUUAUUGAAUUGAACAACAUGAAGAAUCUCCGCACUCUGCAUGUAUCCAUUCGCAAUCCAAGUGCGCUCCCGAGGGAUCUAGAUGUUGAGAAGCUAACCGAGUACAAAAUCCGAAUAGGUGAUGCACGGUGCUGGAGAGACUACGAAGGAUCGAGGAUGUUGGAGCUCGUCUUGGAUGGAACAAGCGAUGUUCUUCGAAAAGAAUGCAUUCGAAGUAUCUUAGCCAAAGCUGACGAUUUGUUUUUGUACAUGUUGGACAGAACUGAGAAAAGUAUUUCCGCAUUAUCCUCGGAAGGUUUUCCAAAAUUAAAGCAUCUACAGGUGAAGGAUGGUCCUUCCUUCCGUUACAUCCUCGAAUGGUCUUCCCUUCCUACUUUUGAGGCGUUGGAGACGCUACUUCUCUAUAAUCUCGUCAACUUGGAGAAUAUAUGCACCAAAAAUAUCUCCAUCGGGUCCUUCAGUACAUUAAAAGUUGUACAAGUUAAGGGAUGCGACAAGAUGGAGGUUCUUUUUCCUCGUUCAGUAGUGAGACAACUUCCACAUCUAGAAAAGAUCGAAGUUGUCGAUUGCAAAUUAAUGCGGGGGAUUGUAGAAGCCGAUGAUGAUUGUGGUAAACUUGAGUUGCCUAAGUUGCGUGGAUUGAAAUUGGAUGGGUUGCCAAAUAUCGAGAAUUUUAUCACCGCCGGGUUGUCUCCUUCGAGGAGUACAUCGGACUACCAAAUUGGCACUCAAAUUGCAUUCUUCAACGGACAACGUGUUACCUUUCCAAGUUUAGAGACAUUAGAAGUUUAUCACUUGGGCAACAUCGGGUUCAUGUUUUCCCCAUCUAUGAUUAAAUCUCUUGCAAAACCGAGAAAGCUAAGUGUAGGGAAUUGCAAGAAGAUGGAGGCAAUCUUUACGGAGGAAGAAGGAUUCGAAGUGGAAAUAUCAGAAACUCCGGCAUUUCCUAUGUUAGCUGAUUUAUCCUUACGAUAUUUGAAACGUUUAAAGUGCUUCUUUCACGGUAAGUGUAAGAUUGAUUUAUUCUUUCCAUCAAUGAAGAUAUUUUUGUAG